AUGCAGUUCACUUCCACCCUCGCUGUUCUCGCCACUUUGGCCACCUCUGCUCUCGCUGUCCCCCCUGUCGCUGGUGGUGAGGGUGUCGGUAACGGUGUUGAGAACAAGGGCAACGGCGAUGUCCGCUUCCACGUCCCCGACUCCGUGACCGUCAAGGAAGGUCAGGACAAGUGCGGUGACCAGGCUCAGCUCUCGUGCUGCAACAAGGCCACCUACGCCGGUGACACCACCACCAUUGACAAGGGUCUCCUCGCUGGUGCUCUCAGCAACCUCGUCGGCACCGGCUCUGGUGCCGAGGGUCUCGGUCUCUUCGACCAGUGCUCCAAGCUUCCUUUGCAGGUUCCCAUCCUUGCUAUCGGCCUCAACGAUGUGCUCAACCAGCAGUGCAAGCAGAACAUUGCUUGCUGCCAGGACAGCGGUGCCAGCGCGGACGGAGACGUUAUCGGAGCUGCUCUCCCUUGUGUUGCGCUCGGCUCCAUCCUCUAA